CCUCUGGGGCGUUCAAAGAAUGGGAAAGUAAUCCUUCCUUGAUCCUCCCAUUUGAUUUGAAGACUGGUCGAAGUGGCGAAGAAUGUGAGGAGCUUGGGCGAAUUCUAAAAGAAUACCAUUUCAAAGAUGGAAAAUGGACUGAGGACACAUUCAUUGAUUUUUUGUCUUAUAAACUCUUCUGGCAUGGCGUGCAUCGUAUGGUUCUAUCUCGACAAAAAUAUGCAAAGGCUGCUACAUAUUUGUAUGUCUUUGAAUUUGAUUCCCCGAAAAAUGCCCUUUCUGAAAACUUUGGCGUCAGUAAAAACUGCUGGUGUAUCACAUGGGGAUGAUUUGGCGUACCUAUUUCUUAAUUUCCUUACUCCAGAAACACAGGCUGGUUCUUCUGAAAGGAAUAAAAUUGAGGAACUUAUCGGCUUGUGGUUCCACUUCUCUCGAAAUGGCGUCCCAAACUGCGAUGGAAUUGGACCCUGCACUUGGAAACCAGUACAGUCAAACGAAAAAUCGCAUGGUUGUUUGAGGAUAGGCCAUGAACUAAUCUUCGAGCAAAAUCCAUUCGCCAAUAUUUUGCAAUUUUGGGAUGACUUAUAUGAUGAGGAUAAGCUGUUUUAAGAAAUUCACCGUAGAUGUUCUUCCGAUAAGGGGGCCAAACUGAUAACAGUGGCAUUUUGCAUAACGGUACUUUGUAAUCCCAGAGAUUUGAAAGUGAAGUGGUUUUUUGUGACUCGGGGUUAUAACGGUGCAAAAUUUUAGGAAAAACUGUACAUUGCCGUUAGCAAGUUCAAAAAAUCCCUAUCGUUUGACACCACUCAAUUGAAUACGAUAUUGCUUUAGGAUAUAAAGGAUUUUUUUUUUUGUUUUUUUACAUUAAUUUUUAUAUUCUAUUAUAGUAAUUGUCCGGAUAGCUGAGUGGUUAGAGCACAA